GAGGCCCGGCCUGGAGGGAGGCCGCGCGCCCCGGGGUGGCUGGGCCAGUGCCCUCUGCUCGCCAACUUGGGUCAAGCGGAGGCCAACUUUCCUCGGCACGCUGUAGUUCUCGCUCCGUCCCGGGUCUUUUCCUUUGAAUGGUUCAUUGAGAGUCGGGCGUGAUAGCUUAACCUGUAAUCUCAACACCCAGGAGGCUGAGGCAGGAGGAUAGCCAUGAUGUUGAGGCUGACCUGGAUUAGAGUCAAACUCUGCCUCCAAAAAUAAAAGAAAAAAAAAAUUCACUUGAAAAUGUAAAGAGCCGCAGGACAUGCAGCCUCUGUUAACGCAAUGCCUGCCGGAUCUUAGCUCGGAUGCACUGAUUGUGUUUUUCUCUAGUAAACUUUAAAUACCGGGAUGUUAAGAUUCCAAAGGUACUCCAUGUUUCCCUAUCCUCUGAAGAGUUUGGGUCGAGACUGGACCUCACCGUGGGAAGAUCUGCAGAGGUAUUGCUGGAACAGACACAUUUCCAGUUGUCUGAGGUGGCCUGGACAUUACUCACGUUCGCCAUACCCAUACUUCAGUAGCAGGCAUUUCUCACUGAACUGUAGACCACCUCUGCUGUUUGAAUCUGGAACUCAGUUUCAGUACUGUAAUUGGAGACCUGACCAUCUAAGCAACACAUCUUUGAUCCGGCUCUCCAGUUACAUCAUGAACUCUGACAGAGAUGAACCCUCAUCCAAACGAAGAAAACACCAUGGAACAAUAAAAAGGAAUUGGGAGUAUUUAUGUAGCCAUAAUAAAGAAAAGAUGAAGGAUCUAGACGGCAGAGAUGUUGACUCCACGUGUGAGGACAAUGAAGAAAAGUUUGACUUUUCAGUGAUGUCUUACAAUAUACUCUCACAAGAUUUACUGGAGGAUAACUCGCACCUCUACAGACAUUGCCGACGUCCAGUGUUACACUGGAGUUUUCGGUUUCCCAAUAUUCUGAAGGAAAUCAAACAUUUUGACGCAGAUGUGCUUUGUCUGCAGGAAGUCCAAGAAGAUCACUAUGGAGCAGAAAUCAGGCCGAGUCUAGAGUCACUGGGCUAUCACUGUGAAUAUAAGAUGAAGACAGGAAGGAAACCUGAUGGCUGUGCCAUUUGCUUCAAACAUUCCAAAUUUUCACUCCUGUCAGUGAACCCAGUAGAGUUCUGCCGCCGUGAUAUUCCUCUGUUGGACAGAGACAACAUUGGAUUAGUUUUACUCUUGCAACCCAAAAUCCCACGUGCUGCCUCUCCCUCCCUCUGUGUAGCUAACACACAUCUGCUGUACAACCCACGGCGAGGUGAUAUAAAGCUGACCCAGCUGGCAAUGCUGCUAGCAGAGAUUUCCAGUGUGGCCCAUCGGAAAGACGGUAGCUUCUGUCCCAUCAUCAUGUGUGGUGACUUUAAUUCUGUUCCUGGUUCUCCACUCUAUAGUUUCAUAAAGGAAGGAAAAUUGAACUAUGAAGGACUUGCAAUUGGAAAGGUAUCUGGCCAGGAACAGUCUUCACGGGGACAGAGAAUUUUAUCUAUUCCAAUUUGGCCCCCAAACCUAGGCAUCUCACAGAACUGUGUGUAUGAGGCACAGCAGGUUCCCAGAGUAGAAAAGACAGAUAGCGAUCUGACACAAGCUCAGCUGGAGAAGACAGAGGUCCUAGUGUCAGCUGAAAAGGUGCCUUCACAUCUGCGGCACCACUUCAGCUUGUCAUCUGUUUAUUCUCAUUACCUUCCUGACACUGGACUUCCAGAGGUGACCACCUGCCACUCCCAAAGCGCCAUAACUGUUGAUUAUAUCUUCUACUCUGCAGAGAAGGAGGCCGCCGCCCGCAGUCCAGGAGCUGAAGUGGCUUUGGUUGGUGGCUUGAAACUUCUGGCUAGACUGUCGCUUCUUACAGAACAAGACCUGUGGACUGUGAAUGGACUUCCCAAUGAACACAACUCUUCAGACCACCUGCCUCUACUGGCUAAGUUCAGGCUCGAACUCUGACUCCGUUGCUCGGUCACACAAUUUCCUGUCUUCUGAGAGGCUGUAAAGAUAGUCGUAACUGUUUGCAUGCUGUUCAUUUCUGUGCUUGGGGUUCUGAGUUUGCUCUAUGCUUGAAACAGGUUGGGAGAAACAAGUUUACAACAGUUUUUUUUAAAUGAAAUUAUUUUCCUGACAACUGAUGUCUAACCACUUUACUGUAAAAAGAUAUAAAUAACUUCUGAGUCCUGGUAAAGUGAACAGCAUUUUGAAGUGUAGUUCAUCUCCUUGGCUCUCCAGACAUGAAUUCAUUGCUUUUCAGUCCAUCCAGUGGACCUACCAGGACUUGCAAAGCUCAGGUUGUUGCCUUUUCUGGAGGCCUAAUUUCAGUGGGAGAAGCCUGUGCUUGUUGAGAACUAAUCAGUUCUUAGACAUCACGGGGCCAUUCAUUCACAGGAGUACAACCACGUCAGCUUCUGAGAGGUUGAUGACGCUCUUGAGUUGUACUAAUAUAUAGACCCGCUUCACCGCCAUCCGGAGCUGGGGACGUGCCUGUACUUUGUUGAGGAAAUAGUUGAGAAAUGCAGGUCACUUUCAUAAGAGGGCAAAGCUCUUAGCCAGAUAAUGGUGGUACAUAUUUGUAACCUUAGCGUUUGGGAGGUGAAGGCAGAAUUAACCAGUUAAAGCCAGCUUUAGCUACAUAGCAAGUUUGAGGCCAGCCUGAGCUACAUGAAACCCUAUCUGUAAAACACAACAAAACCUGGGCGCUGGUGGUCCAUGCUUUUAAUCGCAGCACUUGGCAGGCAAAUCUCUGAGUUCAAGGCCAGCCUGGUCUACAGAGUGAGUUCCAGGACAGCCAGGACUAUUACACAGAGAAACCCUGUCUCAAAAACCGAAAAGAGGUCAAAGUCCUUUAUGUAAGCCCACCCCUGUUCUGUAGAGGGGUUGCCUGCAGGAAAGCAGAUGAGCCAGGUGCAGCCAUGCACAUUCUUCAUGCCAGCAUCUAGGAGACAGGCAGGAGAAUCACUGCAUGUUCCAGGCUAGUCAGGGCUACACAGCAAGACCCUGUCUCAAAGACAGACAAAGCAGUGGCAGACCCUGGCUUGUACCUCUGUCCCCCUGUUCUUCCUUUCUGUUUAGUGACAAUAGAAGGCCCUUGGGUCAGGAGUGACAUUUUGUUGAACCAGUUUUGUAUAAAUUUUAAAAAAACAGUCUUUGGAAGGAAGUGGCAGCUCUACAGUAUUUGUCAUUCACCUCCAACACGCAGAAGAGCCAACAUGCUCCCAGAGCAUAGGGAGGAGGCACAGCUUAGACUUGGGAGCCCCACUCCACCCUUUUGUAAGCUGGUGGACUGUUGGCUGCAGGGCUGUGCUUUCUGGUACAGUGGUGCAGCAGUGUGACAUGCGCUCACACUGUCCGUGAUGCUCACCGCAGGUCUGAUAAGCCCUGUACACAUGUCUAGUGAAAAACUUACAUAGAAGUAGAAAUUCCUCUGCUUUCUAAGGUAGUAGAAUCAGACUGCUGCAUCUUUACUAAGUCCUUACUGUGCAGUAAGUUACAGAUGUUUUCUACAGUGAGUUUUAUUAAUAGAAUGCUUUAAAUUAAGACAAUAAGUCUUGGCAAUUUACAUUUUUAACUCAUUACAUUGUUAUUUUAGGUGUACUAGAUGAUUGCCUCAGAGGUGUACAGAUUGUGAAGACAUGGCCAGUGAGAUCUGUAGUAAACAAAGGGUCUCAACUUUGGUUUUCAUGGACAGUAUUAACUAUGGUGCCAAGAUGCCCACAGUUUUCAGGGCUUUGUGGAGUGCUAAGGAUCCUGGUUAGUCUUUAUCAAAUUAGUGGUAAUUGUUCCUUUUUAAUAUUGGGGGGGGGUGAGUGGUAUUGGUAUAAACAUCACUGUUGGCAAACUAACAUUCCUGAAAACCUCUGUAAAAAGUUUUUUAUAUCCUAAUGAAUAUAUUACGAGUUUAGCCCCAUUUCAUACACUUCUCUUUGAUAGUUAACCCAUAAAUUACUGUUCAAUGUUAACCUGUGGCCACAGACACUUUUCACAAGCUUUUAGAGCUCCAAUAAAAAUUAUCUAUUUUCUUUACUGUUCUUGACAGAAGAUCUGGCAGCUCCUCUGGGCCUUGUGUUUAUCUGCCAAGCACAAUCUGAUCUGGCUGACUGCAGAAGUCAGAUCUCACAGUUUAUAAAGUGUGUAGUGUGUGUGUGUGUGCAAUCUGAUCUGGCUGACUGCAGAAGUCAGAUCUCACAGUUUAUAAAGUGUUUACUGUGUGUGUGUGUGUGUGUGUGUGUGUGUGUGUGUGUGUUAGACACGUGUGUCUAGAGGCCAGAGGUGAGCCUUGGGUAUUGUUCCUCAGGAGCCAUCCACCUUUUAUUUUUAAGAUAGUCUCUCACUGGCCUGCAACAUGCCAAAGUAGGGUAAACUGGCUAGCCAGCAAGGCUGAGACCCUCCUGUCUCUGCCUCCCUCGUGUGGGAUUACAUGUGGAUCCCUGGCUUCCCUUGUGGGUCCUGAGGCUCACACUCAGGUCCUCCUCUAACUGAGCCGUCUUCCCAGCCUCCUGCUGGCCAAGUCUUAUAUGCAAAGGGAAACUGUAAAGUGAUGAUAGUCUAGUUUUAGUGCACCUUUUGCCAUCAAGACAGUAAGCAUGCUCAAAAUCUUGUCUUUUGGGAUUUAGCAUCUGCUAGCUUUUAAGCUUUUGUUUUUUUUGUUUUUGUUUUUGUUUUUUAAAAUGAGUUCUUUUACUUUGUCCCUGUAAGCUGUAAUAAAGUAUUAUAUUUGCA